CCGGAGAGGGACGUGCCGUGGAGAUUUCUCUGCCACCGCCACCACCACCACCCUCUGCAUCUCCAUCUCGACGUCGCCGUCUCCAUCAGAUCAUCAUUUAUUCCGUCCACCUGCCUCGCCCUCGCCGAAUUGCGAGCCCGCGUUCGUGCAAAUCGCCCGCCCGAGAUUCCCCACAUCCUGCCAUCCCCCCCGUCGCUGGAAUCGCGGGCGGGCGGGAGCUCGGAGGAUUCGAGGCGGCGGGCGCCUGUGAUCCCCCCUCCGGCCCCUUGCUUUUCUUGCCGGGAUUCGGGGCUGAUUCGGAGGGGAAUUGCCGGUCUCGGUCCCGCUCGCCUCGAUCGGGACCAGCGACCCCGGCGGUUCUUGGGGACGGCGGGUUCUUGCCGUCUUUCCCCAACGGUGCCCCCCUAAUUUCUGAGGAAUUCCGGGGCAUUUGAUACGGGUUCUCCCCGUGGGCUCGAGGGAGGGAGGGUGUUGUGCCGUGAAGGCGUCGUCUUUGGGCAUCCAUGGGGUUCCUCAGCCUGGUGGGCAACUCCUUCGGGUGCUCGGCCUCCGGCGAGCGCCUCGUCUCCGCUGCCCGGGACGGCGACCUGCAGGAGGCGCGCGCGCUCCUCGAGUACAACCCCCGGCUCGCUCGCUACUCCACAUUCGGCGGCCGCAACUCGCCCCUGCACUACGCCGCGGCGCAGGGUCACCAUGAGAUUGUUUCUCUGUUGCUCGAAUCCGGUGUGGAGAUCAACCUCAGGAAUUAUAGGGGGCAGACUGCUCUAAUGCAAGCCUGCCAAUAUGGCCACUGGGAGGUUGUUCAGACACUGAUGCUCUUCAAUGCAAAUAUCCACAGGACAGAUUAUUUGAAUGGCGGGACUGCUAUCCAUUUUGCUGCACUGCAUGGUCAUGCCCGGUGCCUUCGUCUUGUGCUUGCAGAUUAUGUGCCAAGCAUCCCAAACUUCUUAAACCAGACGAAGCACAGAUCGUCUGAAGAAGUUUCAGAUGCUGAUUUUGAUGAUGAUGGUUUGGUCAAGAUGGUAAACUGGAAGGCAGAUGGAGGCCUAACCCCACUUCAUAUGGCAGCGUUAAACGGCCAUGUAGAGUGUGUACAGUUGUUGUUGGACCUGGGAGCGUCAGUUUCUGAGGUCACCAUUGAAGAUGGAACAACUAUCGACCUUCUAGGAUCAGGUAGCACCCCACUUCAUUAUGCUGCUUGUGGUGGAAAUGCUGUAUGUUGUCAACUUCUUAUUGCUCGAGGAGCCAACCUUGCUGCCAAAAAUGCCAGUGGCUCGACCCCGUUAAUGGUAGCUCAUUCAUGGCAUAGAAACUCUAUCGAGGAAAUUUUGAGUAAUGAACCAGGGGGUCAAAUACGUACUCUUCCUUCUCCAUAUUUGUGCCUCCCACUUAUGAGUAUCAUGAGCAUUGCCAGGGAGUGUGGUUGGAGGUACCUAAACAAGUCACCUGUAUGUAUUGACCCAUGUGCUGUCUGCUUAGAUGGGAGCUGCUCUGUUGCUGCAGAAGGAUGCAAGCAUGAGUUCUGCACGAGAUGCGCCCUAUACCUAUGCUCGACCAGCUACACGUCGGCGAACCCCGCGGGCGCAAUACCGUGCCCGCUCUGCCGGCACCCGAUCAUCUCCUUCGUGGCGCUCCCUGGCACAAGCCCGAAGAGGGAGCUGCCUCGGAACAGCCUCUCGCUGUCGUUCUGCGCGACGUGCCCGGCGGUGAGCUCCGACUCGGCCGCCCCGGGGGGCACCGAGUUCCAUUGCGGCAGUGGCGUGCGCAUGCCGCCGAUGGGGUCGUCGUCGUUCCGGUCCCUGAGCUGCCAGGCGAUGAAGCUGAACCCGUCGUUCUGCAUGGGCGCCAUGGACACCAACCCGUGCCUGAUCCGGUGCUCGCGGUUCGGGUCGAGCCUCAACCGGUCGGCGUCCCAUGGCGAGACCAACAGGAGAGGGGCGUGGCCUGUGACGUUCAGCCCAAUCGUCGCCACCAGCAGCUGAUGAACCUCAUCGGAUUCCGUCUGUCAUUUUUGCGCCUGUUUUUCUUCUGAAAGGGUGUCAUAUUUUGCCUGUUAGUUUGGCUGGCUGCCCCCCUCCUAUCUAUUUUUACCUCGGCGGGGCGGGGCGGGGCGGGGCGGUCGGAAUCCCCUCCCCUGUUGGUGUCUAUGUCAGUAGCAACAUAUGGGAAAUGGAACUAUUCCUACCUACAUACCUGGGUUUUGUAAAUAACCUUGUGUUUUUUGGGCCAGCGAUUGGAAUGCAGUGGCAUUGCUUUGCUUUUUUGAA